AUGGUCCAGAUCAGCGAGGUCAAGGGCAAUGCGCGCGAGAACCGGACGGCAACACACACUCACAUCAAGGGUCUAGGAUUGCGUCCUGAUGGCACUUCAGAAUCUUCCGCCGACGGAUUCGUGGGCCAGGGAACUGCCCGUGAGGCCUGCGGCGUCGUGGUGGACUUGAUCAAGGCAAGGAAGAUGGCCGGCCGAGCUGUCCUGCUGGCUGGUGGCCCCGGUACGGGGAAAACUGCACUGGCCCUUGCCGUGUCACAGGAAUUGGGAACCAAGGUCCCCUUCUGCCCGAUCGUCGGCAGUGAGGUCUACUCGGCAGAGGUUAAGAAGACUGAAGCGCUCAUGGAGAACUUUCGGAGAGCUAUCGGCUUGCGGGUUCGGGAAACCAAGGAGGUGUACGAGGGCGAAGUGACGGAGCUCACCCCCGAAGAGACCGAGAAUCCGUUGGGUGGCUACGGGCGUACGAUCAGCCACUUGAUCAUCGGCUUGAAGUCGGCCAAGGGCACCAAGAAGCUUCGGCUCGACCCCAGCAUCUACGAAGCCAUCCAAAAGGAGCGCGUCACAGUCGGAGAUGUCAUCUAUAUCGAAGCCAACACGGGAGCGUGCAAGCGAGUGGGACGGUCCGAUGCCUACGCGACCGAGUUCGACCUGGAAGCGGAGGAGUAUGUGCCCGUUCCGAAGGGCGAGGUCCACAAGAAAAAGGAGAUUGUGCAAGAUGUGACACUCCAUGACCUGGACAUGGCCAAUGCCCGGCCGCAGGGUGGCCAGGAUGUGAUGAGCAUGAUGGGCCAGCUGAUGAAGCCCAAGAAGACGGAGAUCACGGACAAACUGCGCCAGGAGAUCAACAAAGUGGUCAACCGGUACAUUGACCAAGGAGUUGCUGAGCUGGUGCCGGGUGUGCUUUUCAUCGACGAGGUUCACAUGCUGGACAUCGAGUGCUUCACAUACCUGAACCGCGCUCUGGAACAGAGCAUUUCCCCGAUCGUGAUUCUCGCCUCCAACCGCGGCAACACGGUCAUCCGUGGCACGGACGACAUUACCGCCGCACACGGCAUCCCUCCCGAUCUGCUUGCGCGCCUUCUCAUCAUCCCCACCAACCCUUACACGCCUGACGAGAUCAAGACUAUCAUCAGGCUGCGCGCCAAGACCGAGGGUCUGAACAUCACCGAACCUGCCCUGGACAAGGUCGCCCAGCACGGCAGCAAGGUCAGUCUGCGGUAUGCGCUGCAGCUGUUGACUCCAGCCAGCAUCCUGGCUCGGGUCAAUGGACGGCCCGGCGGGAUUGAGGAGGCGGAUGUGGCGGAGUGCGAGGAUUUGUUCUUGGAUGCAAAGAGAAGCGCAUUGAUUGUCAGCCAGGACAGCAGCAAGUUCCUGGCAUAA